UUUUGUUGGAGAACGUGGUGCAUCACUUCAAGCUUCCCUGCGUGCUUGAUCUGAAGAUGGGGACCAGACAGCACGGAGAUGAUGCGUCUGAGGAGAAGGCUGCUCGGCAGAUGAAGAAAUGUGAACAAAGCACUUCAGCCACCUUGGGUGUGCGUGUCUGUGGCAUGCAGGUCUAUCAGCUGGACACAGGGCAUUACUUAUGCAGGAAUAAGUACUAUGGACGUGGUCUUUCCAUUGAGGGCUUCCGCAAUGCCCUCUACCAGUAUCUCCACAAUGGCAUUGAGCUGCGCAAGGACCUCUUUGAGCCCGUUCUUGCCAAACUGCGAAGCCUGAAGGCAGUUCUGGAGAGACAGGCCUCCUACCGCUUCUACUCCAGCUCCCUCCUCAUCAUUUACGACGGGAAGGACAGCCGGGCAGGGAUGUUUGUGGAGCGCCGGGCGGAGCCGCGCCUGAAGCGGGUGGACAGCUCUGUCCCAGAGAGCCUGCAGGAUGGCGGCGGCUCGGAGCCUGGCUCCGCGGCCCAGCCCAAGGUGGACGUGCGUAUGAUUGACUUUGCACACAGCACGUUCAAAGGCUUUCGUGACGACCCCACUGUGCAUGAUGGACCCGACAUGGGUUAUGUGUUUGGGCUGGAAAGCCUCAUCAACAUCAUGGAACAGAUGCGUGAGGAAAACCAGUAGCCCUGGGCUUACGGUCUCUUAUUCUUGUCCUGGUGGCAGGAGCAGACAAGGCCACCUACUACCACAGGAAAAACACAGACCGCUUCGGUUUU